ACCAUAAUUUGAUAUUCCCGCCAUGGCUGGUAUGAGGGUAGGUCAAAGGUCGAGGACAACAUGGCGACGGAAGUGACCUGUUGCAAAACAGGGUUCGGAAGUCUAGAGAUGAGCUGACACGGAAGAUAGGCCAUGUUGGGCGGCCCGUCUUUCCUGGCGAGCCUUGCGGUCAGGUGCCGGUCGUGUUGCCGUCUGCAGAGGAGGACGUUCUUCUGGAGAAGCCCGGCCAAGCUGUCGUACGACGUCGUACGACCGGCGGAGGUUUCCCCGCGGAGAGAAGUGCCGGAACAUAUCCAGAAACCUCCCUAUGCAGAGAGUGGAAUUGCACCAUUAUGGAGAGAGGACAUUGAGAUUAAAGAUGAGGAAACAAUACAAGGGAUGAGGGCAGCUGGGAAACUGGCCAGAAAGAUCCUGGUACUGGCAGGACAGAGUCUACAGGUUGGCAUGAAAACAGAUGAGAUUGACACGUUGGUCCAUGAGUCAACCGUCAGCCAUGGAGCCUACCCCUCCCCACUGAACUAUGGCGGCUACCCCAAGUCUGUCUGCACAUCGGUCAAUAACGUGGCCUGUCAUGGAAUACCAGACAGUCGACCCUUACAGAAUGGUGAUAUCAUCAACAUAGAUGUCACUGUGUACUUAAAUGGUUUCCAUGGUGACACAUCAGAGACGUUCUUAGUGGGAAAUGUUGAUGAAGCGGGCUGCACACUUGUAGAUGUGGCAAAGAGGUGCAGAGACAAGGCUAUCACCACCUGCAGGCCGGGAGCACAGUUCUGUGAGAUUGGCAGGACUAUCAGCUCUGUUGUAAAGGAAGCAGGUUUGACAGUGAGCCCAAACUUCAUUGGACACGGGAUUGGAGCUUUCUUCCAUGGACCACCAGAGAUCAAUCAUAUAGAGAACAGUCUUCCUGGCACCAUGGAGAGAGGGAUGGCAUUCACUAUUGAGCCCAUCAUCAUGGAGGGGUCGCACAAGAUAACUAUUCUUGAGGACGGAUGGACGGCCGUGUCUGUGGACAAUGGCAGGUCUGCCCAAUUUGAACACACCGUUCUCAUCACAGAGGAAGGAGUGGAAAUCCUUACCGCUUAGGUUUUAUCAACACAGACUCAGGAAUGGUACUGAUAUGCAAUCAAAGAAUGCUUUUACAAAGCAGAGGUAUAGAUGAGAAGUUAUGGCUUUGUUUGAUAGUGGGAUAUACAUUUUGUUGUUGGUGAAACAAUUUUUCAUUCAAUUGGGGGGUUUCUAUCAAAGGAUCUUAACUGUUUUGUAACAUCAAUGUGCCUUUACAACACAAAGAUCCUCAUCUGUUGCUAGGUGUAGAUGUAUGUACAUUAAAAUGGAAAUUUAUCAGCUAGCCUAUGUAUUUCUUGUGAAGACCAAAAGUCAUAUUCAUGACAAAAUAUUCCACCUAUACAUUUAAUCAUGACUGAUUUAAUUUUUAAAAAUCCUUUAGUCAUUUUGUUAUGCUCAAUUUACACUAAGUAAAGCUUUCUGCCAUAGGAGUAAAAUAUAAUUACACACUUGCAGAAAGAGACGUUAGCCAAAAAUUGAGACAAGUACUACACAGCUUUCUCGUACAUAUCAUAUCGUACAUGUUUAUUCAAAUCAAUAUAUAUAUAUUCAGUAAUACGUUCUAGUUUGCAAACAAACAAAUAACUGUGAAGCAAGGUUAAGUUGAGCCUUAUGCUGUGCAUGAGUUACGUGAAACUUGUAGUUUCCUGUAGCAAAAUUUUGCCCUAUUGAAUACAUCAACAUUUAUUUACCACAUUACACAUGACAAAGGACUUUCUACAGCCAAAUAAUCAGCAUUUUCCUCAUUCUUUGCAUGAUGGGCAUAAAAUGACCAAUGCAACAAGUAUACAUGUACAUAACUUAACUUAACAAAUAUAGCAUACCAGCGUUAUAUUGUUAGUAGUCCAUGUUGGAAUCUACAGUGUCCCUACUGAACAAGAACAUUGAAAUUAGCUACAUUGAUAUGAGUCUAAGGACUUGAACAGGUUCAUCUCACUAUGUUGCACAUGCCUAAGUGAUACACCAACAGUACUGUACAGACACAAUGACAAUUUUUGAGGAACUUUUCAUUACAGUAGUGCAACAACUUUCUUGUAAUUUCUAUAAUACAAUUGUCUAUGUCAGCUCUUAU